UUGCAUUCACCAAGUCAGUGGAAAUGAGCGUGUCUUGAUAUAAUUGAUUUAAUAACGCAGUAGUUCAGCCACUGUUUUGCUUUCCCUUUUGCUGUUCCCGAAAUCGCUAGAAAAAGACUCAUAAAUGACUACACCACACUGCCAAACCGAUUGUUUCCUGUAAUACAUUUGAACAAGCCUUUCCUCAUUGGUCAGUGUGUGGACGAGAAGGAGUGUUAAGGUGGUACGAUGUUAACCACAGGCAUGUAAAACGGAAAUGUAUUUAGGGAAUUAUUAACGCUAUAUCAUUUUAUAUUAUUCUGUUGAUCCUGCUACCAAUUCAGUAUACAAUAUUCCUCCUUGUAGCCCAUUCCUGUAGUAUUGCGCGAAUGUGACAUACGGUUGAAGACGAGAUCCCAAUGGCAUGAACAGCAACACUGUACACCCCUUUCAGUUCUAUUUCUGGGGCCCUUACAUCACAGACCAUUCCCACAGACGGUGCUCUAAACGAGCACUGUGUCAAAAGGAGAUCAGGACAGGGCAGCAUUUCCAGUCAGAGGAUUUAAUAAAAAUAAAUAAAUAAAUAAAACAAGAAAAACAGGAGCCAGCUGCCAGUAGGCUACAUGACAUGCUCACAGCACUGGUUCGAGGAUGGGUUCAGUCCAAGAGAGAGGGACAUAGGCUAUGCAAGAAGGAUAGGCUGGGGAUUUUAAAGAUUAGCACCCUCUGUGUAGCAGACUCACUUCCAUCUUGUGUUAAACAUGUGGUGUCACACAUACUGCAUGGAUUGUGUUUCUGGUCGAUCAUCCUGUCCUAAAGAAGCUUCCUCUUCCUCCACAGGUGGACAGUGGUCAGAGCUGAUCAGGAUGGAAAUUGAUGCCCGUUUCCGCUACUACUUUCAGCACCCGUGGUCUCGCCUUUUUGUGGCCUACCUGGUCACCUUUUGCAACUUCCUCAUCUUUGCAGAGGACCCCAUCUCGCACAGCCAAACGGAGGCGCACAUGAUCGUGGUGGGCAACUGUUUCUCCUUCGUCGUCAACAAAUACCCUGGUGGCGGAUGGAACGUCUUCAAAGUCAUCAUGUGGCUGCUAGCCAUCAUCACCGGCCUGUUUUUUGGAAAAUUCUUCUUUCACAGGCGGCUGUUCGGUCGAUACCUGCGUCUGAAAAUGUUUCGAGAGGACCACGGCUCUUGGAUGACUAUGUUCUUCAGCACCAUCCUCUUCUUGUUCAUCUUCUCCAACAUCUACAAUCUCCUCUUGCUGAUGACUGGCGGCAUGGGUCCGCACAUGGUGACAGACUACAUGGGCAUCAGGAAUGAGAGUUUCAUGAAGAUUGCUGCAGUGGGCACGUGGAUGGGAGACUUUGUCACAGCCUGGAUGGUGACUGAUAUGAUGCUUCAAGAUUCGCUGUACCCAGACUGGGGUCAAACAGCCAGAAGAUUCUGGAAACGAGGGAACAACAGAAUAGUCCUCUUCUGGACUGUGCUGAUUUCCCUGACGUCGGUGGUGGUGGUGGUCAUCAGCACGGACUGGAUCAGCUGGGACCACCUGAACCGCGGCUUCCUGCCCAGCGAUGAGGUCUCGCGCGCCUUCCUGGCCUCCUUCAUCCUGGUCUUUGACCUGCUCAUUGUCAUGCAGGACUGGGAAUUUCCCCAUUUUAUGGGUGACCUGGACAUGAACCUGCCAGGGAUGCCCACCACUCAUGUCAAAGUGAGGCUUCCUGUUUGCAAGUCGAUUUUCAAGGAGGAGUAUCACAUCCACAUAACAGGCAAAUGGUUUAAUUAUGGGAUCAUCUUCAUGGUUCUGAUUCUGGAUCUGAACAUGUGGAAGAACCAGAUCUUCUACAUGCCCUAUGAGUAUGGCCAGUACGUGGGCCCAGGGGAGAAGAUCUUCACGGUGGAGGAACCAGAAACGCUGAGCGACUUCAACCGCAGCACGCUGACCUACGAGUGGCGCUCGAGCAACAUCAACCCCAGCACCAACCUCACCUACGUGGUCAGAGACAUGUUCCUGCACAGCCGCUAUGUGGGCGCCAGCCUGGACGUCAAGUGCCUGGCCUUCGUCCCUAGCCUAGCCGCCUUUGUCCUCUUUGGCUUCUUCAUCUGGCUGCUGGGCCGCUUCCAGGACAGCGAGACCUUCCCGGAGAACCCGGACAAGAUAUACGAGCGUAUCAAGAGGAAGUCGCCCUCCGACCUGGGCGUCACCCCUGAGGAGGUGCACAUGUCCAUGGGCGAGUCGCUCAAGCGGAGCGGCACGCCCAUGCUACUGUCGGUGGAUACCCGCCAUUUCGGCUCUUACAACAAUUCCAUCUCGCCGUGCUCCAAUGAGCCGCAGGAGACCCACCCCGACAUUGUGGUGGAUAGCGCCGCGGAGGAGGAGGAGGAGGAGCCGGCCGCUUCGGAUGUCAGCAAACCGUCACCUUGACCUUACCAUGGACCUGUCUGGCUGUGGGAGGCGGUGGCAGCCCGGAAGUCAAAAAGCCUAAGUGGCAUCCAUAGGCGGGGUCUACAGUUUCUUUCUGUGGCACUUUUGCUAGCCUCUUUUUUACUGCCUUGGCACAGCCUGUUUGCCAGGGCAGUCACUGGAGAUCUUAUCCCCCACUGAGUACCUCCACAAAAGGAA